CGAGCCUUCGGGGGCCAUCAAAACCGAGUUGCGCACCAAGUGUUAGGGAUUGGGCUACGAUAAAACUUGCUGGGAUUUGAGUUUUCCGGGAGCGAGCCUUCUUCGCUGGGACUCGUCGAGUUCUCGGGGAGCGAGCCUUCUUUGCUGGGAUUCGAGUUUUUCGGGAGCGAGCCUGUUUUUAUGGAUUUAGACGUAGCUUAGCCUCACCGAACAUUUAUCGUUUUUUGCUUCUGCAAGUACCUUACUCAUUUAUUUUUCAUGGACGGCAGGAGGAAUUCUCAAUCACGAUGAUGCACUUUGGUUGCUGGGGCCACGUCCCCCAGCAACAAGAUCCAUAUAUGAUCUUCUGGGUGUUAUUUAACUCUAGUGUCCCUGCCGAUCCUUCCACAAAUUUGUAUGAGUGGUUGUUUAGCUAGCCAACACUUUGCUAGAAUUCGCCUCCUAUAUCCAUCACGGUUUAUGUGCGCUUAGAUAGGUGGCUCUGCGAGCCCGCGCUAGCUUUUCUACAAGGCAGGCCACGCCCC